ACGCAAUCGGUUCCUUAAAAUUUAUUUGACGGCAGUUUAUGUUCGUCCUCCUCUGACUCCAACCCAACCCUACUGUGCCCUAAUUCCUCAAAUCGGAGCGUGACCCUCCACCGCCCCAACCCUCUUCCGACCACCGAUUACGCCGCCGUCUGCUCACCAGUUGUGGUUACCAAGGACUCUGUUGUUCUGUUUUAUCCACGAACUGCUACGAAAUGGAUGAUUGGGAGGAAGAGCAAUUUACUCCUCUUGAUGUUAAAAAAGAUCAACCUAUAAGUAAAUGGGAUGAUGAAGAUGUGGAUGAAAAUGAUGUGAAGGACUCGUGGGAGGAUUUUGAUGAGCCUGCUCCGGCACCUGUUGCACCUGCUGUAAAAGAUGCUGAGAAGGCUCCUCAAAAACCUUCUGAAAAAGCUGCUGAAAAGAAGGGAAAGAAAGUAGAACCAGUGAAGGAAGAACCAUUGGAUCCCUUAGCUGAAAAACUUCGCCAACAAAGACUAGUUGAAGAAGCAGAUUAUAAGUCCACUAAGGAGUUGUUUGGUGGGGGUCCUGAUGAAAAGAAUAUUGAUACUUUCAUACCAAAAUCUGAGAGUGAUUUCUUGGAGUAUGCUGAGCUCAUCUCACACAGAUUGCGCUCUUUUGAGAAAAGUUAUCACUAUAUGGGUUUACUGAAGGCAGUAAUGAGACUGUCAAUGACUUCUCUUAAAGGAGCAGAUGCAAAAGAUAUUGCAUCUUCAAUAACUGCCAUUGCAAAUGAGAAGAUAAAAGCAGAGAAAGAAGCCAAUGCUGGUAAAAAGAAAACAGGUGGCAAGAAAAAGCAGCUUAAUGUUGACAAACCUGAUGAUGAUAUAGUUUCUGAUCGAUAUGAUGCUAUGGAUGAUUAUGAUUUCAUGUGAAAUUUUUUGGUUCAGUUUCCUUCAGAUUCAGUCAUGAGAUUCAACUGUUUCAACAUUGGAAGUUGGAAAAAGACCCUUCGGCAUGCCUCUGUCAAAAGUUGAUGAGUACUAUCAUGUAUUUUGUUCAAUAAGAGUGUGUAUCAGUGUCUUUUUUCAGGUUCAAUUUUGUCACCAUUUUUAUAUACUUGGAUGUUGGUUUUUCACUAGAUGAUUUAUAAAAGUUAAAAAGAUUGAAGAUGAACGUAGCAACAUUCAACAUGACUUUUACCUUGAAUAUAUUUAUUGGAUUGUAUGGA